AUGGAUUCACGAACUAAAUUAUUUCAUUGUGAUGUAUGUUCCACUGACUGUACCAAUCGUAUAAGAGUACAAUGUGCUAUAUGUACGGAUUACGAUCUAUGUGUCCCUUGCUUUGCUGCUGGACUUACGACGGGGGAUCAUAAACCAUGGCACGAUUAUCAAAUAAUUGAACAAAAUACGUACCCAAUCUUUGACAGAAACUGGGGUGCCGAUGAGGAGCUAUUGUUGAUCCAAGGUUGUGAGACAUUUGGAUUGGGUAAUUGGGCCGACAUUGCGGAUCACAUUGGUAGUAGAUCGAAGGAGGAAGUGGCAGAGCAUUACUACAAGAUUUAUCUUGAAAGUAAGGACUACCCAUUGCCUGAAAUGAACAAGGACUUCACUUCAGUAUCACCGUUACAGUUCCUUGAAGAAAGAAAGGAGAGACUAGAGAGAAGGCGGAACAUGCCUUUGCCGCCACCGAAGGGCAAACCAGCAGCUUCGGUUCCACUUUGUCACGAGGUUCAGGGAUUCAUGCCUGGUAGAUUGGAGUUUGAUCACGAAGCAGAGAAUGAAGCAGAGGUUCCUGUAAAAGAUAUGAUAUUCGACCCUGAUGACCAGAUAAAUGAUAUUGAAUUGAAAUUGACUAUUCUUGAUAUAUACAAUUCCCGAUUGACAACCAGAGCAGAACGCAAACGAAUAAUGUUUUUGAAUAACCUCCUUGAAUACCGAAAGAAUAUAAGCAAUGACAAGAAAAAGUCCAAGGAGGAGAAGGAUUUGCUAAAAAAGGUUAAUGCAUUUAUACGGGUCUUGAGUCCAGAGGAUUUUGACUCGUUCACACGCGACCUUCUCACAGAAAUAAAGUGCCGCAUAAGAAUACAGCAACUACAAUCUUGGCGUCAAAAUGGAAUCACUACUCUCGAAGAUGGAGCAAAAUUUGAAAAAGACAAAGUGAUUAGAAGUGCACACUAUACAAGGAUGGGUAAUGGAGCGCUCAGUGCUAGACACUCAGCAACCCCAGGCAUCAAUGGCAAUGGCAAAAAGUACCCCUCUCCACAACCCGAUUUCAAACCAAAAGCGCCAGUUAAUAGAGCACCUUUGGAUAUAAGUCAUGCUGCUGAUUUUGAACUUCUUUCACCCGAGGAAAAGCAGUUGUGUGCAACGUUGAGAAUUUUGCCGAAACCAUAUCUAGCGAUCAAGAACCAAUUAAUGAAAGAAGCGGUGAAGAACAAUGGAGUAUUGAAGAAAAAGGAUGCUCGUCAAGCAUUAAAGAUUGAUGUCAAUAAGGCUUCCAAAAUUUAUGAAUUUUUUGUUCAAAUGGGAUGGUUGUCCCAGGGGUAA